AUGGAAAAGCAAGACCAAAAGUUAGAAAACAUAAUGAAACAAGAGAAGUGGUGGAUGGGUAAUAAUGGUGAACAAGUACGUGUAUUAGCACCUAUGGUAGGAAUAUGUACAGUUAGUUAUAGGACUAUGGCUCUUGAUGCAGGAGCAAAUGCUGUAUUCACUGAGGAGUUAGUUUCAAAGCGUUUAUGUGAAUGUAAAAGAGUGGAAAAUUCUGGGCUUAUUCAAUACAUACACAAAAAUGAUGUUAUGCUUACAUUGAAACCAGAACAACAAUCAAAAACAAUACUCCAACUAGGAACCUUUGAUGUUGAAAGUUCAAUUAAAUGUGUUUCGUUAAUCAAAGAGGUAUGUGGAAUUGAUAUUAACUUAGGAUGUGGGAUGUGGUUUAGUACUAAAGGAGAAAUGGGACAAGCACUUGUUAGUAAUAGAGACAAACUUGAAAAAAUAGUUAAGGCUCUUGUUAAACUAGGCAAACCUAUAUCAGCAAAAAUUCGACUUCAACAAACCCAUGAAGAAACAUUAGAGUUCAUUCAAUGGUUGUACUCAUUAGGAAUUAGCAUUAUUAGUUUACAUGGAAGACACCACAAAGAAUUAUAUGGUGUUGAUUGUGAUUGGGUAGAGUUAGAGAAAGUGGUCAAGGAUUGUCCUUAUGAUCUUAUUCUCAAUGGAGAUAUUUGUAAACAAGAAGAUAUCACUAAAUUACUUUCAUUUGGAAAGAAUGUUAGAGGGGUGAUGAUUGGAAGGGCUUCAGGAAUACAUCUUGGAUUAUUUAAUCCACAAGGAGGGGAUUAUGUCUUUGAUGAAAAUAAGACUAAAAUGAGAAUGACUGACUUUGUUCAACGGGCAAUAAGAGAUGGAUUAAGGUUUACAAAAAUCAAAUUUGUUCUUCUUCAAAUCAUCAGGUAUGAGAAGGAUUAUCCAUUCGGAUCAUGGAGAAGAGGAAAAACAACACUUAAACUCAAUCAAAUGAACCAACGCAUUUCUUCAUCAAAAACUAUUGAGCAAUUGAUUGACAUAAUAUCUCUUCCUGAGUUGAAGAAAGAACUUGUUCAAUCACAAAACACCAACGAGAGUAUUGAAGAAGAAAAGAAAUUAAAGUAA